GUGUCUGGGAGCCAUGUGUGUAACCGGUACAGAACUUCAGGUUCUUUGCCAGAGGAAAAAAAAGAGUUUCUGCAAAAUGGACCAAACUUACAAGACUUUGUAUCUGGAGAUUUGUCAGACAAGACCACGUGGGCUGAGUAUGAAGGCAAUUUAAAGCGUCAGAAAGGAGAAAGGCUGCGACUUCCUCCAUGGCUGAAAACAAAGAUUCCCAUGGGAAAGAACUACAAUAAACUAAAGAAUACCUUGAGAAGUUUAAAUCUUCAUACGGUGUGUGAAGAAGCACGUUGUCCCAACAUUGGGGAGUGCUGGGGAGGUGGUGAAUAUGCGACAGCUACAGCUACUAUUAUGCUGAUGGGCGACACGUGCACUAGAGGUUGCAGAUUCUGUUCGGUAAAGACAGCAAAAAAUCCGCCUCCCCUGGACCCCACGGAGCCUUACAACACAGCCAAGGCUAUCGCGGAGUGGGGCCUGGACUAUGUGGUAUUGACGUCUGUGGACAGAGACGAUAUGCCUGACGGUGGAGCAGAACACUUUGCAAAGACAGUCUCUCAUCUGAAAGAAAGGAAUUCAAAAAUCCUGGUAGAAUGCCUCACUCCCGAUUUUCGCGGGGACCUUAAAGCGGUGGAGAAAGUAGCCUCGUCGGGGCUGGAUGUGUACGCCCACAACGUGGAGACGGUGCCCGAAUUACAGCGGUAAGCGGCGCCGACGC